AUUGUGAUGACAUUGAUGAAGACGACGACACAUUUGUCUGUGGUCGUCAAAUAAUUUUAAAAAUUCUCUACUUUAACAUUAUUAAAAUCAUAAAAUUAAUUAAUUUUGUAUAAAUUUUAUAAUUGUGUCUACUAUUACUAUGCAACAAACUUAAUGUACUUUAAAGUUCGUGGAUAUAACCCAAACUGAAGUAGGUCAACCGUCAACGUCUUGGACUAUUGAUCGUCGGAGCCCGAGGUCACUAACCGACCGAUCGAUUGCGUUGCGCCUGCGGAAUAGGCAACAGGCGGGGUUCCUUCAUCCAGAAAGAAUUUUCCUUCCUCUAUAUUUCAAUUUCCUAAUACUGCUGUAAAAAAGGGAAUUGUUAAAAUGAAUGAAGAAACCGAAGUUACAUCUCCACCAUUAAAGAAACCAAAAGUGGAUAAUGAGAAUAUUACUCCUGAGAUUAAAACCAAAAAAGAAGAAGUAGACCAUGAUAUGGAAGUAAAUGAAGACAAGGUUGACCCAGAGAUUAACAGCUUUGUUAAUUCUGACGACAUACAAAAACUACGAGAAUUCAAAGUCUUAGAUGAGGUGAAGUCUAAUGAGGAAGAUAGCAAUGCAGAAGAUUCCGACAGUUCUGAUGAUAACUCCGAAGGUUUACCCGAGGAAGAGAUUGAAAAAAUGCUAGAGGAAGAUUUACCAGAAGGGUUCAAAGCAGGACCUACUAAGCCUAAAGCAAGACCAUAUGUUACACGUACAAAAACUGUGCUUGAAGAAAAGGGAGUCAAUCAGUUCGAAGUGCUACCUAUAGAUUGGAUGACUGUAAGACAUCAAAGUGGAAUGCCUGUAUACCUACACAAGGGUACACGAGUAUGUACCCUUUCAAAACCCUACUUCAUUGGAAAGGGUAAUAUUAAGAGACACGAUAUACCUAUUAGCGCCAUACCUUGCUUGGCAUAUAAACGUGCGUUAGAAGAGGAUGAGAAACAAAAAGAAAUGGAUCGUAAAUUAGAAGAACAAAUCAAAAAUCUAUCACAAAAAGUGACAAAACAAAAUAUUGGUAAUAAACCUGAAGGUAACGAGAAAAAAGGGCAAUUAUUGUUUCCUGGUAAAACCUCUGGUGCAGGCGAUAAUUAUAAAAAUAGAUGCCCCUUUAAACAUUUACGUGAGAAAACUGAAAAUAGUGACAAGAUGAAGGAUGAAAAUGAUUUAAUGGAAACUGAUACAGACAAAGAGAAUACCAGAGAGAUAAAGGGAGGUACUACGAGCACGUCGACAGGACUAAAUGAUAAUGAUACCGGCGGCCAGUUCAAGAGACCAGCGGAAUUAGACUUUACUGACGAUUUAAUUGUGCAUAAUGAAACAAAAAGUGAAAAUACUACAAUUACUUCGGUAAAUGCUACAGAAUCGAGCGAUGAGAAAGAGAUAAACACUGAGGGAAUUAAUGAAGCAGGUUCAAGUGCGACUAAAGAUGAGGUUUCAGCAGGAGGGAGUGGUGAAAAAUCAGACAAUAAGGCAAAUAUAUCUGACGUUCUUUCGGACAUGCAAAUACCUAUCAAUAGACGGCCAGUGGUACUGCCCAGCGGUGAAAUAAUACCAGCACCGCGGGUCGAGUCUGUGAACAACAGUUGGAAAACACAGUGUUUGACACCAGAACAGUUUAAUGACUACUGCAAAAAGCUUUUCAAAUUUAAGUCCGUAAAUGUUCUACAAUUUAAUCGUUGGGCAGAUCGUCGGAAGUAUGCAAAGGCAAAGAAAACAAUGCAAUUUCCUAAAUUGCCUGAAGGCACCAAACUCAUCACGAUACCCGUAAAUUCUGGUCAAGAUGGUAAUGGCGGCAAGGGAGCCAAGCGCGACUGGGUGAUGAACAUGAACGGCGGCAGUUACUUAUCCGUUUUUCACGAGUACGUGUGCCGUGCUCUGCAGAAACAGCCCGUCUACGAGUACAAGCAACUUGAGAACGCGCAAGCCCCGUACCAAGCGACGGUGUACAUCGGCGGCAUGCAGUACGGCGUGGGGCACGGCACAAGCAAGCGGCAGGCCAAGUACGCCGCCGCGCGCGCCUCCAUACACAUCCUCAUCCCGGAGAUGCGGGAGUACCUCGACGCGCCUCCUUCGGAAAAUAACGCUGACCCCGACUUCGGCUUUUUCGACUACGUGACUAUUGAGGAUCCCCGCAUCGCGGAGUUCUGCGCGGCGACGUGUGAGCCUUCGCCGCACGCCAUCUUGCGUACCUGCCUGCUGAGGAACUUUGGCGCCAGCGACCGCCAUAUUCACACUGAGAUGAAGAAGAUAGCCUGCCAGGAGAUCGAGCUGACUAUGAAGGUGGGCAAACACAGCGCUACCGUCGUCUGUAAGAACAAGAAGACCGCCAAACAGCGCGCUUCGCAGUCUAUUUUGCAGGCGUUGCAUCCACAUGUACGCUCUUGGGGCUCCCUGCUACGUCUGUACGGCUCCAAAUCUGUUAAGAGCUGCAAAGAGAAGAAGCUCGAGGAGCAACAGAUAACCCUCCUCCAGGACAAGGCUCGUCACAACGAGCCCAACUACGCUGUGCUGGAAAAGCUUCGCAAUGAGAUGAGGAAGCUGAAGGAAAGGGAUGAGGCCGUGGUGCCAAUUGGUACCCUAUUGGUCACCAAUGAUCUCCCCACACACUCGGGGUCCAAUCUUAACAACGUUGAUCUCUAAAUGCGUUCAUAUGUUAAUCAAUAUAAUAUUUAGCCGUUUCCUUAUAGUCGUCUAUAUAUUGUAGUUGUCAUCGAUCUCCUAUUAAAAAGUGGAUGCACAAUCAGCGACCAAAAAACGUCCCCACUCAAUGAGUGUUAAACACAACUUCUUGGCACUCAAUUCAAGUAGUCACAUUUGCAAAUUCAACCUUAAGCUCAAACCUUAAGGUUGAAUUUGCUCUGAAUUUGGGAUUUUAUUGAAUAUUGGACUAUGUUUAAAGGUUAAAAGGUUAACUGUCAAAGCAAGAUUGGCCAGUUUUUAAGUGAAAUUUUCUACAUGAUUGUGCGUUCUUUUAUUAUAAGAGGUAAAUGUGUCGUGUAUUUUUAUUAUAAUUAUGUAAUCGAAUAAUUACUUUUGUCGGCCACACUCCAGUCCAAAUCUAUCAUAUCCAUUGGACGAUUCAAAUGAUAAUCUCUAGUCCAAAUCUUUAAUUUAGAGACUGUAGUGGACUAUUGAAUUAAUCACUUUAUGAUUUAUAUAAUUUAUUAAAUUUCAUCUACUCUCAUUUAUUAUAAAACUAAUGAAAUAAAGAAAGACAUUAUUUUAAUAAUAUUACAAUACUCGCAUGCAAUAGUUUUGUAAUGAAAGCAAAAAUCAAAUUAUAGUAUAUCACUCGUAACGAGGACUGAUUGACUUUUUUGCUAAUAUAGUAAUUUGUAUUUUCUAUUUUUAUGUUGAUGUUGUAUAUGUAAAGAACUUUAUGAUCUAUGGUACGCGUUUACAAAUUUAGAAUUAAAAGAUUCAGGAAUUAAUUUAUUUGCGUCCUAAAACGGAGACGAAUCUUAUUAUAUACAUAAUUAUAUAGAAAAUUGUUAAUCAAUUGAUUGAAUUGAGAUAUAUUUUACAAACAAAAUUCCAAAAUUCCUCUGUACUUUAGAUAAAUAUUGUACAGUCGGGGAAAAGUAAUUAUUUAACUAUUUGAUAAAUGUAUUUAGGAAUUUAAAUUAAGUGUUAGUGUCAUCUUCCUUCUUCCUCUGUUCUUUAAGGGCAGAUUUCACAGAGUUUCCCAAAUACCAGUGAAUUUCAUGUUUGAUUAUAAUUUUUUUUUAUUGUUUCGCUAUUUUUACAUGGCGAAUCUCUAUGGUAAAGGCAAUACAGUCAUUUGUUUAAAACCAUUGACUCUUGCUGUUCUUGACCGACCAUUGUUUACGCAAGUCGAAAUACGAUAAUCGAUAUUUAUGUAGAAUUACGAGGUCACUCUGAUACCUUUGUAACUUUUAGAAUAAUUUGACCCUAUGAUUUUGACUCUCUCUUUCAAACGAUAGACUAAAGAGAUAUACAUUAUAGGCAUCUACCUAGGCAUAUACUAGUUAGUGCAACCUAGAGGCGAGGGGUAUCAAUAUUACAUUCCGGGGCCUUGGGCACUUGUCCAGAGUGUGAAAGAGCCCAUUUCUAAAUAACCACAUACUGAUCAAGUUUACCUGAGAAAUAAUAAACAUUCAAACGCGAAUUUCCAAGUUUUGGAAGCGAAAAUUUUUACAUUUUAUUGAUUAUGACGUGAUUUAUAGUUGAAUAUAGAGAGUCUAUGGUUGAAUAUCGCCAUGAUAAAUUGUCACCCUUCGUUGAUUCUCCCUGCGCCUGACCUGACCUGACUGACCAGAUAAAUAUUGAGAGUAUUGAUUUAGUAUGAAAUAACACCACUUCAUGUAAGAUACAAAAGGAUAUAAUGAAUAUAAUAUAACAAUGUUUUACGCUAGUAAAGUAAACCAGAUUAUGAAAUAAAAAGACAAAAUCAAAUGACAGUAUGUGUAAGGCGGUAAAUUUAAAGUUGACAUUUCUAACAGACAAAUCAUCGCAUGCGAAUUUUUGCUCGCAUUUGGGGCUCUCUGUGACAUUUAUAAUAUCAAGUGGAAAUUGAAAUUUCAAAUCAUAUCAUAUUUAUAAUAUUAAGUAGUAGACUUCGUCUGUUUCCUAAAAUCACAAUUCGUUAUAAUAUUCUUAGUUUUCAUUUGGGGUUUUUUAGGGCUAUGAAUGGAUUAAUUUAAUAGCAUUUAGUUAUGUUAAUUUAAUUCCUCGUGCAUGCAUCGGUGUUGAAACAACUUAACACGUAGACCUGAUUAUAUGGUUUUAAUUUUAACUCGAUACUUCCCCGCGUUGCAGAAAUAAAGGGUUUUGAAACACAGACAGACAAGUGAUAUAAUGGUUCCAUUUUUUUUCCUGUGAAGUAUGGAACCCUAAAAAUCAUAAAGUUAUCAUAACCUAUAUUUACAUCUAUACUAAUAUUAUAAAGCUGAAGAGUUUGUAUGUUUGAUUGAACGCGCCAAUCUCAGCAACUACUGAUCCGAUUUGAAAAAUUCUUUCAGUUUUAGAUAGCCCAUUUAUCGAGGAAGGCUGUAGGCUAUAUUUUAUCCCCGUAUUCUUACAGGAACGGCAACCACGCGGGGGCUCAAAAAUUAUGAAAUUUGAGUGAAGUAAAUUAUGGAUAACCUAUUACAAAUGCAAAUCCGUGUUUGAAUGGUUGGUGACCGAAUUGGUUUCUUUGGCGCAAGUCUGCGUGGUCUGAAGUGCUCUAUCAGGUAGACCCAGAUUCGAUUUCCGGUCGGAAUCAUGUGGAAGUUAGUGUUAUAUCCACGCAAUGGCGUGCACAUGGUUUUUAACUAGGGAAUGCACUAUAGGUACAAAUUGUACAAAAUAGAAAAUUCUCAAGGUAUGCAUUGUGUUUAUGUAUCUAUGAAAAGCACGCCACUGUUUCCACAAUACUAAGAAUUACUUUAUUAAAAAAUAUUAUGUUAACUAGAAGUUUUAAUUCAGCAUUUCAAUAUUUAGUUAUUUAACCGACUUGUAAUAAAGCGGAUGCAAUUGCUCAAUUUAAUGCGUUUUUUUGUGGUCUUUACAAAACCAUUUUGGUGACAUUAUUAAUUUAUUAGUUUUAGUAAGUUGGUAUGAUUUUUGUAUCUAACUUUCGAAGAGUUGUUUUUAACUGCUUUUCUUAGUCAUUCAAUUUCAUAAUACUUGUAGUGUAAAUGUACUUUUUCUAUUUUGUGGUAGUUUUUAAAGUAGGAUUUCUAUGUGUCAAAAUAUACCUAGUGUUUAAGACUUCAUGCUUUCAUCUAAAUGGAUAUUGGUAUAUAAUGGUAGUAUAAUUAGCGCCAAACAAUUAGUCUGCUCUAUUGACGGCCUACUUGGCCGAUAUGCCGAUGGAUUUACAAAACGGAUGUCCUGGGUUCGAUCCCUUGCUGGGCCGAUUGAGGUUUCCUUACUUGGUCUAUGUCUGGCUGGUUUGUGGCUAAUUACCACCUUAACGGCAAAGACGUAAGCGAUUUAGCGUUCCGGUUCGAUGGUGUGUAGAAACAGAAAGGGAUGUGGAUUUUCAUCCUCCUCCUAACAAGUUAGCCCGCUUCCAUCUUACAUUGCAACAUCACUUACCAUCAGGUGAUAUUGUAGUCAAGGGCUAACUUGUAAAGAAUAAAAAAAAUAUAUAUAGAUACGCCUCGUGUGUAGAGUGGUAUUUAUUUGGCGAGAAUUAUACCUAAUUAGUACAUUGCUCUAGUUUUAGGGUUCUUUUUAAAAAACCAGCCCCGGCAAAUGCGAAAGUAUUUCCUUUUUAACCGACUACAAAAAAAGGAGGAGGUUCUCAAUUCGUCUGUAUGUUUUUUUUUGGUUCUGAAGUAGAAUUGCCGUGGCUGUACCAUGUGAGUUUUAGCAAUACUCGGGCAUAAAUCUCGUGCCAAGAGAUAAUAGGGAUGAUGACUAAGUUUGAAUAUAUUAAUCUUUACAAGACAUUCGGGCAAAUAAGGUCAUUCAAUCCAAGGAUCUUAUGAAAUUAUGACAUCUUCAUUCUUUCGUGACAUUUACUGUGGAGCGUUUUUAGUGACUCGUGGCAGCACCGCAAAAUUGACCCUUUAAAUUCCUGUAUUUCCGAAAGUAGGUAAUGAGUCAGAUACCCUUUUACAAAAUUGCUUUACCAUUAGCACAAUCAUCAUUCCUAUUAUCAAUCGCAAGUGAGAGAGACAAACUUAUCUUGUUAUCUAGUAGCGCGCAUCUUAGGGCCAUAGAAUAUAGUCUAUAGAAAUGUCGCGUACGCAGGUGACAGUCAUAUUAUACCUACAACUUUAAAAGUCAAUAUGUCACUCUAGUCACUUCAUUGUGACUUGCGUCUUAUUUUCGGUGACAACUGGAAUAUGUUGUUGUAAAUGGAAAAUGUAUGCUUCACAUGUGUAAGUGUGAACAUACUCAUUGUACUCGCUGUAUCCAUAUUUAUGAGUAUAGGGGAGUGCCCCAUUCUCAUAAAUAUGGAUAAGUUUUAAACGUCAACUUUUUCAUCACUAUUGUUUAAAGUUCACUAUAUUGAAGAUAUUUGAGGCUUAAAUCCUAAUCCAUGUUUAUAAAUAAGGCCGUGUAGGUCUAGACUAGUCAUGGAUAGCCUAACCUAAGAUGCGCGAUUUGAGAUAACGAGAUUAUUUUGCUGAUUUUUUUUUAUAAUAGUUUUACUUGCUUUAAAAAAGCAUAAAGGACCUUCAGAAAAAAUCGUUUAAAUCAAUAUUGAUAUUUUUUUAUGAGAACGUUCUUUUUAUUAAGAGCUAUGACCUUGACUUAAAUAUAAUUAUGUUAUAAUUAUCACAAAGUAAGUAUACACGUCUACGUCAAGUAGGAUGGAUUAUAUUUAGAAAUAUCUUAUCAAAUGAGUCAUGUAUCCUAAUAUAAGAAACAUGUAUUGCAUUUUGAUUCUAGUAGGGCAGUAGACUUUAUCUUUAUACUAUUUGGGCGAAAUAAACAACAUAUAUCAACA